AUGUUCGCAGCCACUCCAGAAGUAGAUGACAAGCCAAUGGGCCUUCAGCUUAAUAGGCAUGCACCAGCAGGGCAUGCCAGUGGGUAUCCACAGGUAAAGGUUUCUGAUCAGGGCAGACAAGCCUCACUGGAACCCGACUUCAACAAUGAGCCUCCUCAUCAAACAGCAUGGCACACCUCAUUCCCAUUCCAUCAGAUAUAA